CAAUUCUAGUAACUAAUCCAUUUCCUCUCCUUCACUUAAUCCCAGCAUUUUGUUAUUCCUCUUCAAAUAUAGGCUGGUCACUAAAACUUUUACAAAGACUACACACUUCCAAUUUCUCAAAGGUUGAGAACACACAAAGGCAAGCUAAGCCUCCUGUAACAGAGAGAUGGUGAAUGCAGGAUACUUGAAGGAAAUAGAGAGAGCUCGUAGAGACCUUCGCGCUCUCAUCUCUGCCAAGCAAUGUGCUCCUAUCAUGCUUCGUUUAGCAUGGCACGAUGCAGGUACAUAUGAUGCAAAGACGAAUUCAGGGGGUCCGAAUGGCUCAAUUAGGAACGAGCACGAGUUGAGGCACAAUGCCAACAAUGGCCUCAAAAUCGCGGUUGAUCUUUGUGAAGAAGUUAAGGCUAAGCACCCUCAGAUUACUUAUGCAGACCUUUAUCAGCUUGCUGGAGUUGUUGCUGUGGAAGUCACAGGCGGGCCAACGAUUAACUUCGUUCCAGGUCGAGUGGAUUCCUCAGUUUCUCCAGAUGAAGGACGUCUUCCAGAUGCAAAUCAAGGUGCUAGGCAUUUGCGAGAUAUAUUUCAUAGAAUGGGGCUCUCUGACAAAGAUAUUGUGGCACUGUCAGGAGGCCACACACUGGGUAAAGCACAUAAGGACAGAUCAGGUUUUGAAGGCCCUUGGACCAGCAAUCCAUUGAAGUUCGACAAUUCAUAUUUUGUAGAGUUGCUGAAAGGUGAACAAUGGGGGUUAUUGAAACUUCCCACUGAUAAGGUUCUUACACAGGAUCCUCACUUUCGUCCCUAUGUUCAUCUCUAUGCUAAGGAUGAAGACGCGUUCUUCAAAGACUAUGCAGAAUCGCACAAGAAGCUAUCAGAGUUGGGGCUUACUCGAUCCUCUUCUUUGAAGAUGACUAAGGCUACUAUUGGAGUUCUUGUCACUCUUACCGUAAUUAUCUUAAGCUACUUGUAUGAUUUAAAUAAACAAGCAUAAAAAAAUGCUAACAAAUUCCUACUUAAAUUGAUUUACAAUUCUAAUUAUAUGCAAUAAAACAAGCUUGAGUAU